UGCAGGAACUCAAUUGAAAAGUUGCAACGCAGGUUUUAUUUUGAAAUAAAUCACAGGAAACGCUUCUACUUAUUCUGUCUGACUUGUUUUACGCUGAUGUGAAGGUGCAGCACCCCCCAUCAUUCCUAUCAGAACUGCUGCUGCUGCUGCUGGGGUCCUCUAACUCUCCUCCUCCCAUCUCCUGCUUUUGAUGGGGGGGGUGCAGCGGUGAAGUCACAGUGAUGUCAUUUUAAGAUGUGAGAGUCGGGGGCAAGGUGAGCUGGUUUUGCGGUGAGUGGUGUCCCCUCCACGGCCAGCGUUGCCUGUACAGAGGCGCGGAGCGGCGAAAGAUGAUCAUAACCACCGGCACCAAUUCAAGCUCCGACGCGCUCUGUCCCUCUCCUCCUGCUCAGAUCUCGGGCUAUGGGGCCUUGAUCUGCCUUGAUCCCAAAAUAAGCCUUUACCACCACCAUCAUGCCAAAGGACAGCAAAUAAGAAGAGUUGCAUUUUUAGGGCAGGUAACUUUGACCACGUGCCCCAAAGGUAAACUGGAUGGCCAUUGCGCAAAGGUGCCUCUACAGUAUGUCCAGCGGGGCCAGGACGCACUGGACGCUGCCAGCAGUUAUUGUACUGUGGACUUCUCUCUGGGGGAUCGUUUCAUCUUAUCCGAUUCCGAGCAGGACUAAUGCGACUUUAUUGGAAAAGAAGUGGGAGACCCUCUUCUCCCGCUCCUAUCUGGGUAUAAACGGGGGGAAAUCGGAGCUGAACUGGGAAAGUGACUAUUUGCAGGGCAUCAAAAGAGUGCGGCGACUGUACUGCAACGUGGGCAUUGGGUUUCACCUGCAGGUGCUCCCGGAUGGCAGGAUAAGCGGUGCACACAAUGAGAACCAAUACAGUCUAAUAGAGAUCUCCACCGUGGACCGAGGAGUGAUCAGCUUGUUCGGAGUGCGGAGUGAGCUGUUUGUCGCAAUGAACAGCAGAGGAAGGUUAUACGGAACGAGAGUCUUCGGGGAUGAGUGCAAGUUCAAGGAGACUUUGCUGCCCAACAACUACAACGCCUAUGAGUCUUUUGUUUACAAGGGGUUCUACAUCGCCCUCAGCAAGCAUGGCCGCGCAAAGCGAGGCAACAAGGCCACCACCGCCAUGACUGUCACACAUUUCCUCCCGCGUCUAUGAGAGAAGCUGGCAAUAACUCAGUAAUUUGCACAUGUGGAUGUUCUUCCAGGUAAUACAGAAAUGAAUAGUCAUGAUGUACACACCAAUGGACUGCGUAAGAAAACACAAAUAUUUAUUCUGUUUAUAUAUAUGUAUAUUUGGAUAGCUAUCUUUGUAUAUGUAUGCCAUACUGUGCUGCUUAUUGUUUUUAUGGAUGGGGAGAGUUGAAGCCUUUGCCUGUCUCACUUUAACUUGGUGCUUGCUGUAACUGAACUAUGUGUCACUUCCUUUUUUGAGAUGGAGGAUGAGCUAUAUCCUGUGCUUUUAAAGAGUGAAAUGAAUACUUUUUAUUACCUCAAAGAACCACUUUACUAGAUUAAGGGAUGCAUGGACUUCUGCUCAAAUAUCUGCUAAAUUUAUCAUUUCUUUCAAACCUUUGAGCGCUUGAUGGCUCCCUGCUCGAUCACUGAUGUCUGGCAGUGGGGGAAAACUUAAAUGCACUACCUUUGCUGCACGAUUUAAAGGUGCCUUGGUGUUCCCACUUGUGGCCCCCUUAAACUUGCAUGUAAGAGACACCCCUCUGGAGUCAGAAAUAGGGCUGACACUCCAGAGAGGGCCUCAGGAGGGGGGAGGUUGACUAUCUCUGGUUUAUUUUCUUUUCUGUAAUUAGAUCGAUUAAGUAAUAUACAAUCUGUGGUUGAGACCAGAGAGCGGUCAGCCAUAGAAACUGGCUCGAGGCCAUAAGUUUGACUGUGUGGCAUCGCCAGCAAAUAAACAGGGUGGAAUACUUAUCUAUCCGAGCAUGGAGAAAUGUUUUGUUUGGACCUGGCUUGCAUCUGCACAAGAAUUGACUGAGCGGAUAGAGCGCACAGUAGAAGUGUACCUGCACAUUGUCUUGGACGGAGCUCUUACAGUAAAGUGGAUUGUUGAUAUUGAAUCGCAAAGCUUUAGCUGCUUUUGAAAUUGAUGUCUUCUGUCCAUGAAACCAAUGAAAAACGAUGUAAAUAGUUGCAAAUGUAAAAGAAGAAUUCAGGAGCUUUUUACGCUGCUUAAUCGCAGUUGCCUGAACGAGGCAAAAAAGAGUUCAGGUUGCACAGUGAACCAUCGAUGAUGGUGCCUAAAUGUUUCAGUAGGAAUCGUUCCCCAGAAGUUGUGUUUCUUUUAUCUUUGCGUGUUUGGCGGAGUAUGUGCGUGCCCUGGGCCAUUUUCCCUGUUUGUCUGUGUGCUCUGCAGCAGCACUGCAGUGGCAGCGAGGUGUUGGGAGCUGGAGGCAGAUAGUUUUAAUGCAAUUACGGAUGAGUCAGUCACUAAAGGGCUGAAGGACAGCGCAGCCGGUGGACUGAAUGCACCCUGUAAGAUUUUUUUUUAGCUAAAUGUCAUCCUGUCUGUUGAUUUUUAGCUUGAUUUUAAACAUUUAAAGAGUAAAACAUCAACACAGAAGCUCAGAAAGUUAGUAAACUGCAGCUUCUUUUUCAUAUAUAGUAAUGUAGAAGGUAUGCAUAGUAGCAGUUUGUUAGAUAUUACCUUGCUUUGCAGAUUUACUGUUAGUAUGUGGACGAGUAUCAAAAUAUUUUUCUUGCCUCACGUAAUUUCUGAGAAUCUUAUAGCGUGCAUCUUCCCCUGUAGUUUCUGCAGCUGUUUACUCGGAAAAAAAAUACUGAAGCUUGCUCCACCAUCAGCCUCCAUCCGUUCUUGUGUUUAGAGAGGAAGCAGGACUAUUUAAAUCCAGGAAAGACGUAUGUGAGGGAGCCGGCCCGCUGUCUUUGUUGUUCGUCAAACCCCUGACAGGAAUGUGGAUCUGCCAGGAUGACAGGCAGCCUCCCACAUACCUGAGCACCCCCACCACCAUCUACCACGCACCUCUGCUUGUCCCAUACACCCCCUUCACCUCACCCCUCACCCGUUGCAGGCAGGGACCUUGGGAUUCCAGCUGUAACCCAGGAGCUUCCUCCUCUCCUUUCAGCCUUUUUUAGUUCAAGGUCAGAGUCACAGACCAGCCUUGGCCCCAGCCCCAGUGGCCGGGGUGGUCGGCUAUAUGGGUCGUACUGUUUCCAUGAAAUAGGAACUUGAAGUGCAGAAACCAAACUUUAUUUUAUGCUUAAACACAACAUAACUCUGUGAACUGACAGCUCCAGAGCUGGUCUCCAACUGCCUGGUAGAAAAACUUAGCUCUAAUAGUUCCUUAUAGUUCCCUGAUUCAUGAUCUACAAUAUUUCAGAAACAAUCCUACUUCCCUCUCUGAAGUUAGAGCCCCGCCUCUUUAAAAUGCAGCUCUACAACACGCUGCCGCCUCCCCUUUCCAAGUACUUGUGCUGGGAUAUUUCUGGGGAGGGGACAUCUGCAGAGUUAAUGCAGUGUGUGAGGAGCAGGCGGAGAGCAAAGUCACGCACAGCCUCGCCUCUCCUGCUACACUUCAGUCCCUGCAGGACUGCUCCCCAGCCAUCCUCAGGACAUGCCCUCUUCCACUGGGUUAGGGUUGCUGCUGCUGGGCACUGCCCCGACCCCAAACACCUCGAGCCACAUACUGACACCAUAUCACCUGCUUCUCAACGGUUGUCUAUGACGCACAGAUCGAUUCAUUACAGUAUUCUUCCCACACAUAAAUCUCUCGCUCUUUUUAUUCUGCUGACAUUUUUUUCUUUUUCGCUGAGGCUACUGUGACGAAAAGCAAAUUUCACUCAAAGUUUCAAAAAACUAAAAAAGACUUGUUGCUGUUGUAGAUGAGGCUGCAUGCAGUACCACUGAUGUACAUUUCUUGUUGGGAGUAAAUGUUCAGCAUUUUCAGCUGAGGAAGGUGUGGAAAGUAAACUGUGCACGCACAGCAAUGAGCGCUUCUUGCCCACUUCACAGUAAAGAUGUCUGACGUCUCUAGUAGCACCUUAUUAACGACAUCUUGAUUAUAAUCUAGCGUAAAGAAGUGAGUUUUCUCACAGUUUUCUUUCAAAAAUAGAGCUGGAUGCCUAAAAGAGUGAAAGUUUGCAUCUAAAACAAAAAGCUCACCUUUCAGCUUUGACCAAAAAAUGUUAUCCAGAUUGAUCUGUUGUUUUUUUUUUCCUUUCCACAACUUAUCAUAGAUCAAAUUUAAAUUAAUUCAAGGUGAGGAAUAUCUUUUUUUAAAUGAUGUUUUAUGUACUAUUAGCAUGCCUGGGCCCCAAGCUUGAAUAGGGGUGUGUGCUUCAUGUGUUUUCUUUUUUUUAAACUCCUGCUCCGAAAGGGAGUGAGCCUCCACUCUAUUCCUCUCAUCUCUGUUCUCAUAUACCUCACCUUCUGCCUUAGUUUUGGUUUGCUGAUGACUGUAAAUUAAGAAGAAACAAACUCCGGUUAUUUGUUUCUGAAAACAGACAAUGCUAAGUAAGGAUAUUAAAGUUUUUUCCUUUUAUUUUUGUACGUAUGUGCUGUGCACAGCAGUCUACUGUAUU